AUGGCUGCGGGUGGAGUGACCGCGGACGCAGAUCUGAUGCGGUACGCGGAAUACGCGCCGAAAACAGGCCACAGGAGCGACGCAGAGAUCGACCGGAGACUGGGAGGCACUCUGAUAGCUGUGGGUCUGGGGGUGGCUGCUGCUGGAUUUGCCGGACGUUAUGCCUUUCAGCUGUGGAAACCUCUGGGACAGGUGUUUUCUGAGAGGGUCAAGAACAUGCCGUCAAUGGUCUCUGCGUUCUACAAAGGAGGAUUUGAACAGAAAAUGACCAAACGUGAGGCCAGUCUGAUCCUCGGCAUCAGCCCGACCAGCACCAAGGCCAAAGUCAGAGAAGCUCAUCGCAGAAUCAUGGUCCUGAACCACCCUGACAAAGGUGGAUCUCCGUACAUCGCGGCCAAAAUCAACGAAGCGAAAGACUUUCUGGACAAAGACAUUCGACGAUGA